AUGUUUUGGCAGCCGGUAAAUCUAACAGCCGAGUGUCCUGCGAACUCGCCACUCACGGCCUGCUCGUCCUUCGGAUUUAUUUACUUGAACCUAUUAGUACAGCUAUUUGGAGAUUCUCUUGAUAACAAGAUACAGAGACGGUAUCCAUCCAUCGAACUGGAACACGACAACCAAGUGUACGACUUCAUAGUAGUUGGAGCUGGUUCUGCGGGUUGCGUGGUCGCUAACAGGUUGUCCGAAAACCCUAAUUGGAAGGUUCUUCUUUUGGAAGCAGGUCCGGAACAACCAGACGUGUCUGUUGUUCCAGGUUUAUCAACAGUGCUCGCAAGUUCCAACAUUGCUUGGUCUUAUACAGCCGAACCUAAUGGGAAGAGCUGCCUCGCAUACCCAGAAGGACGGUGUUUUAUAGGAAGUGGUAAAACCAUGGGAGGUUCCAGCUCAAUCAAUUCCAUGGUAUAUAUAAGAGGAAAUAAAGUUGAUUACGAUGGUUGGGCCGCGUUAGGCAAUAAAGGAUGGAGUUAUAAUGAUGUGUUGCCGUUCUUUAAAAAGUCUGAAAACAACAAAAAUAUUGAAGAGUUAGAUAAAAGGUAUCACGGAGUUUCAGGGGAGCAAUAUGUAUCUAGAUUUACUUAUAUUGACAAACCUUCCAUAAUGAUGACAAAAGCUUUCAUGGAGAGGGGACUCCCUCUGACAGAUCAUAAUGGACCACAACAAGUUGGCGUUUCGCAGACUCAGGUAACUGCGUACUCAGGCAAAAGAGAUUCUACAAAUACUGCCUUCAUACAACCAAUUAGAUAUAGGAGAGAAAAUUUAAUAGUAAAAGUAAAUGCCGAGGCUGUUAAGAUACUCAUCGAUGAAAAUAAAAGGGCAUAUGGGAUAAUUUAUUUGUCUAAUGGGCAAAAAUUUACAGCAUUUUCCAAAAAGGAGGUAAUUGUUAGUGCUGGAAGUCUCCAUUCACCAAAAUUAUUGAUGUUAUCAGGAAUUGGACCAAAUGAUCAUUUAGAACAAUUAGGAAUACCAGUGGUACAAGAUUUAGCUGUUGGAGAAAAUCUACACGACCACGUGUCUUUUAGUGGUGUUGCUGUAGCUUUAUCUAACGAAACAGCGACGACAGUCAGUCAAAUUGAAAUUCUGAAAGCAAUUCAGGAGUAUGCAGGAAUGGAAGUCAAUCAUGGUCCACUGUCUGGCCACGGAUCAAGUAGUACUAACGCGUUUUUUAAAUCUGAUCCAAAUUUAAUAGCUCCAGAUGUACAGUGUCACUGCCGCGAUAUUCACGACUGGAAAGAAUAUUUCAACGAUCCAUUAACAGCUGGUUCAUUACAAAUUUUUCCAAAAUCGUUUUACAAUGCUGUGACACCAAGAAUAGGUAAUAUUGCGCCUAAAAGUAGAGGCGUACUAUUAUUAAAUGCUUCGAAUCCAUACGGCCCUCCCUUAAUCUAUCCCAACUACUUUGGUGACGAAAGUGAUCUUAUUCCUAUAGUUAAAGGUAUGCGAUUUCUCCUUUCCUUAGAAAAUACAGAAGUAUUUAGGUCAACUGGAUCCUAUUUUGUAAGAGACCCGAUGCCUGCUUGUAAAGAUUACGUAUGGGGAUCCGACGAUUACCAUAUCUGCUUAGCUAAAUCUUAUACUUCGACGACGUUCCAUUACGUAGGUACUUGCAAGAUGGGUCCAAAGUGGGAUAAGAAGGCCGUUGUAGACAACGAACUCAGGGUGUAUGGCGUUUCUGGAUUAAGAGUCAUCGACGCUUCGAUAAUGCCUGUUAUUGUGCGAGGAAAUACAAAUGCACCAUCUAUCAUGAUAGGAGAAAGAGGUGUGGAUUUUGUUAUAAAGUAUUGGCAGCAAUACACACGGCAUUAAAAAAAACUAAUGAGUUAAUGAACUAAUAAUUUUGGCCAUCUUAUAUUUAAGGUACAACUUUUUUGUAGUUUGUCGUAAUAAAAGUAAUGAUAAA